ACGUAAACCUCAGCAUUGUGUCCUGUGCUCAUUUGCAACGUGGGGAUACUAUCUGGUUAGGCGCAGUGAUUCCUUUAGGAGAUAUAAUUACAGAGCAGAAGUUAAUAUAGCGGCUCCGUCCUGCAUGUGAGGAUUUUCUUUCAGACCUAAAGGUCACGGUUUUUUCUUGACAAAGAACAUUAUUUAUGUCUUAAGGUCUUAAAUGUAGGAGUGAUGUCGAGUGUUUAACGCGGUUUUGUUAAAUGCGAGUAGACGCGUGCGGGAACUGCAGAGGUUCAGGUCUGGCUGCAGUGACUGAAGCACCACAUGGUGGUGUUAAAGCAAUGUUUGAAAACUCCAGCCCUCGUUUCCCAAACAGCCAGACACCUCUGCUGUCGAUGUUUUCACUGCUCUUUGUAGAACGAUCAUACACGGGGCAGGGGCAAAGGUGGGCCCAGGGGAAUUGCGGUUUGUAAAAACCAUGUGGAGGAUGCGUCGCAAAGUUUGGAAUUUCCACACUGUUAGUGCCGGCGCUGCAUUGAAUAACAGAGAACAAGUUGUUAUUAGAGAGAGUAACCAGCAUAAUCCAGCUGUCACAGAUGUUGCAAUGAAUGGCAACACUGUAGGACAAGGGACUUUGACACAGCCUCGUAGCUGGAAAGAGUUUUGUGAACUGCAUGCCCAUGCCACAGCCACGGAGCUUGCUAGGCAGUAUUUGCUAUUUGCAAAUGAAAAUUCAAGUCACGAUGUACAGGGGCCUGAAAAUUUUUCUUUACAAUUCACAGAUCUUUUUCAACAGUACUUCAGAAAUGAGGUAAAAGAGGGACUUGCUCUGAAUAGGUGUACCAUUGUGCCCUUUACAGGAGUACAGGAUUACAGGGAAACAAGUAGGAAGACUACUGAUGGCUCUUCUGGUCUGGUUUUACCAAAGAUGGAAACUGAGGUGAACAGUGUUGAACAAACUGAAAGGAGUUCUGACACUAAUCUCCCAUUUUCAUCAAAGUCACGAAGUUCUGAAGAUGUUUCAGUUUCUGCAUGCCCAUCACUUGAACGACCCAAAACAUUGAGUCAGUUUACAAGAAAUGUCAAAGGCAGUAUACGGCGACUGUUCCGAAGGAAAUCAACAGAUGCAAUACCUAUAGAUGGAAAAGAAGAAGCUUCUGGAGAAGUUGGUUCACCUGAAAGGGACUGGUUAAAAAACCUGGCUCACAAAUUCCCUUGGCCUAGAACUGUAUCUAGAGAAGAGGUUCUUGACAUCCGCAAGGAUGGUGUUUUAAAUUAUAUGAUGGUGGAUGAUGUAAGCAUGGACAUGGACAUGGGCACACGAUGGCAAAGAUGUAGGUUGCUUGUGCGAAAGGCAAAGUCAUAUGAAGGUGAUGGAUAUGUACUGGAGUUAUUUGACCCACCAAAGAUAGAAACAAAAGGUCAUCAGCACACCUGCAGUUACCAGCUGUUUGGAUGUUUCCUUCUUUGAUGGCUUGGUUUAAAAAAAAGUGAAGUUUAUGAGGUGGUGGUGAGGCACUCUCUUAUUGCCUGAUGAGUGCAUCUAAACUUGGAGAACUUGGCCUCCUAUUAAACAGCAGCAUUAAUAUAGCAAUGUCCUUCUAAAUGUUAUAUAAAUAUUUAACUGUACAUUUCCUGCUUAUGAGCCAUGUCAAUUAUGUUUCAGCUUUUCCUUUUUUUUUUGGUAGGUUAACCCUUUGGGAGUAAUGACAUUUUUAUAAUUAAUUGAACUUCGUUCAAAUUUGAAAAAUUCUUAGACAAUGUUAAUUAAACCAGGAAAAACAGUGUUUUGGUGAGUCAUAGAGAUGUACAGCAUGGAGACAGGCCCUUUGGUCCAACUCAUCCAUGCCGACCAGAUAUC